AUGACAUUAAUUUAUAUUCUAGUGUUCUAUGCAUUAAACUAAGUGCUUGCAGGAUUCACGACAUUGAAUGAAGCAUUAUUAUUCAAUCCCAUCACACUUUAUGUCCCUGAAUGUGUAGAAUAACCUAAAUUUGAUAAUAUCAUUAUAAGUAUUCGUUAUUGGAUUGAAAUAUUGCAAACUGAUGAUUGUGAUUUGUAGACCGACUUGGAAACAUUAAAGCAAAUAAAAACGACAAUCCCAGAAUCAAAUUUAUUUUUGAGUUCCUUCAUCUAGAAAGAUCAAUUUAAAAUUCACGGAUUGAUGUAGAUCACUGAUGAUAUAUGCAAAGAUGCUUAAGAUUAGCCAGGCUACAUAAUAGAUUUAUUGAAGAAAGAGCUUCAAUCAAUAAUUGAUUCCCUUGAAGAAAUUUUGGCAACACCGAAUAAACAGCGAAAAAUUUCUGCGUUAAAUUCCCAGAUAGAGGAAGUCUAAACAUAUUAAGAAUUUUGUUUCUAAAAGGAAGAAAGGCAGAGAAGAAAGGCACAAGAAGCAAUCAAUUAACAAGCACAAAACAUAAAAAAUGAAGCAGGCUAUAUAGAUGACGCUUAUGGCACACCCAACACUUCAGAUUCCAGUCAAGGAUCAUCAACUACAUCAUCAUCUUCUUCAUAAUCGAAUACUUAGCAAUAAGGCACCAAUAUUUCAGGAACAUAAUAGCCAAUUAAUUGUGUAGACCCUCAAGCCUCAAAUGCUUAAUAAAACUCUAAUCAAUAAUAGGGAAGUAGUACGACUACUACUUCUACAUCAUAAACAACCACUAAUUAAACAAAUAUUCCUUAACCACCACCACAGACAUAAUAAUGUCAGCCCUGUGAAAUACCAUAACCUCCAUAAAAUCAACCCUCAAUACCUAAUCCUCCACCACCUCCGCCACCAUCAACAUAAGAGCAGCCUUAAGUUCCUCCACAAAUACCUCCAUAACCUCCUGCUUAACCUCCUUCUGAGGUUCCUUCUUAGCCACCAGUCUAGCCACCUCCCCCACCUAUUGAACCACCUAAACCUCCGGUUGAGCCACCGGUUUAGCCACCUCCCCCACCUGCUGAGCCACCUAAACCACCAAUUGAUCAACCAUAACCACCAGUUUAGCCUCCGUAACCACCAGUUUAGCCACCUUAACCUCCUGCUGAGCCACCAUAACCACCAGUUAAGCCACCAGUUGAACCACCUAAACCUCCUGUUGAACCUCCUUAACCACCUACUGAGCCACCUAAACCUCCUGCUGAGCCUCCAUAACCACCUGUUUAGCCUCCUUAACCACCUGUUGAUCCUCCUUAACCGCCUACUGAGCCACCUAAACCACCAGUUGAACCUCCUUAACCACCAGUUGAACCACCUAAGCCGCCUGUUGAACCUCCUUAACCACCUACUGAGCCACCUAAACCACCUGUUGAACCUCCUUAACAACCAAUUGAUUCACCUAAACCACCUGUUGAACCACCUCAACCACCUACUGAACCACCAAAACCACCUGUUGAACCCCCUAAACCUCCUUCUGAGCCACCUAAACCACCUGCAGAGCCACCUUAACCUCCUACUGAGCCGCCAAAAUCUCCUGAAUAGAUAAAAACAAAUAUAACUGUCAAUGGGAACAGAACUACUGAAGUUCAAGAUUUGAUAAAAUAGUUUUAAGAAGGAAAGAUGGAAAAUGUUUCAAUAAACAUUACAGUAUACUAAAAUUCAAAUACAACCACUAUUGGAAGUUAGAAUGGAGAAUUGUUAACAAUUCUUGAAGCAUUAUUAACUACUUAGCCUGCUUGUUCUGCUCCAGCUCAGCCUGUAAUAGUUGUAGUGCAAUAAGACGAUGGUGACGAUUGCAAAGAACCUGCUUAACCGAUUAAGCCAAAGCCAGAUGAAAAGCCCGUUCCUGUUAUUGAACCAGAGGAAGAAGAAGAGGAGGAAGAAGAAUUAUUCCCUGAAAUGUCUUUCCCAGAGCCUGCUCCAGAUCCAUAACCUGAGCCUGAAGAAGAUCCUCAACCUGUACCAGAAGAAGAACCUGAACCUAUUCCAGAAGAAGAACCUUAGCCUAUUCCAGAAGAAGAGCCAAAACCCAUUCCUGAAGAAGAACCAAAACCUGUUCCAGAGGAAGAAACACCAAUUCCAGAAGAAGAAUAAGAGCCAAUUCCAACUGAACCUGCUAGUGUGAACACUACAAAACCAGCUGAACCAUUGCCUUUACCAGAAGAACAGUAAGCUGAAGAAUACGUUCCAGAAGAAGAAACACCAGAAGAAAUUAUACCUAUUGAUACAAAGAACACAACCAAACCAUCAGAACCUCUACCAAUACCUGAAGAAGAACCAGUUGAAUAAUAAAUUAUCGAGCCAGAUCCUAUUGAAGAUCCUGUUGAUACAUUUAAUUAAACAAAAGUUGUAGAACCUCUCCCUAUUCCUGAAGAAGAAUAUGUUGAGGAGGAAGUAAUUGUACCAGAUGAGCCAUUUGUUAAUAAAACAAAGCCAUCUGAACCUCUACCAGUUCCAGAAGAAGAGGAAGAAGAGCCUGAAAUUAUAGUGGUUGUGAAAAAUGAAACAAAAUAAGCAGAACCAGUACCCAUUCCAGAAGAAGAAGUUCCUGAGGAAGUAGUGGUUGUGAAGGAUCCAAAAAAUACUACUAAAACAAGUGAAACCUUACCUGUUCCAGAUGAAGAAUAUGAGGAAAUAAUCUAUGAAGAAUAUUACGAGGAAUAUUAUGAAGAGAUUAUCAUAUAAGCUGCAAAAAACACUACAAAAUCUGCUGCCCCUCUGCCUCUCCCUGAAGAUGAGGACGAUGACUGGGGUUAGAUGGGCUUUGAUGAUGAAAGCGAUGAGGGCGAGUGGGAAACCUAUUGGGACGGAUCUUAAUAUGUUAAAAGAAAGAGGUCUGAAACUGUUAUUGAAUAUGAAUAUUACUGGGAUGUUGAUUCAUAAAGUUACAAAAGUAGAGUGAAGGGGUCAGGUCCUAAUGAAGAUGAUUAUGAACUCUAUUGGGAUGGUUCUAGAUAUCUGAAAAGAAAAAAAGGAAGCCAAACUUAUGACAUAAAUACAAAGCCAUCAGGUUCAUACACUUAUGAUGGUUUUGUUUAUGAAUAAUAUUGGGAUGCCAGCACCAAUUCAUAUUAAUGGAGAAGAUACAGAGUAGGCUCAACAUCAUAUGAGAGUGAUACAUUCGAAUAUUAUUGGGAUGAGAGCAGUUAAAGUUACAAGUUCAAAUAAUCAGUCAGUUCUACAUCUAGUUCUUAUACUUAUAAUGGAUAUGUUUAUGAGAAAUAUUGGGAUCAAUCUUCAAGUUCUUAUAAGUGGAGAAGGAGAUAAACAGGAUCAAGUACAUGGGAAUCUGGCGAUUAUGAAUAUUAUUGGGAUGAAAGCAGCUCAACUUAUAAGUUCAAAUAAUCGGGUAGUUCUACAUAAUCUAGUUCCUAGAGUUCUUACACUUAUAAUGGAUAUACCUAUGAGUCAUAUUGGGAUCAAUCUUCAAAUUCAUAUAAAUGGAGAAGAAAAUAAUUAGGAUCAAAUACUUGGGACUCAGGUGAGUAUGAAUAUUAUUGGGAUUCAAGCUAAUAAACUUAUGUUUGGAAAUUGAAAUAGCAAUAGUAGAACGAGCAAGAUGAUUAUGAAUGGCAAUGGGAUUGGGAAACAAGUUCUUAUCAAUGGAGAAGAAAGGCAAACUCAUAUGAUACUAAUUAGUACGAAUAAUAUUGGGACUCAUCAACUCAGUCCUAUUAGUGGAGAAAGAAGAGCAGUACUUCAUACAAUUAUGAUGAUGGGGAAUAUGAAUACUAUUGGGAUGUGAAUACUUAAUCGUAUCAGACUAGAAAGAAAAGCGGCUCUUCCAGUUAAAUUGAGUAUGAAUAUUAUUGGGAUUACGAUACUUAAUCCUAUCAAUACCGUUAAAAGGGUUAAUAAUCUCAAGGAUACUCAACAUCUUCAUCUAGUUCAACUACAUAUUAUGAAUAAUAUUGGGAUGCUGCUUCUUAAUCAUACAAAUGGAGAGAAGUAUCCAAUGAUUAAAUAGCUCAAUAAGGCACGUAUGAUGAUGGGUAAUAUGAAUAUUAUUGGGAUGCAUCUACUAAUUCUUAUUAGACAAGAUUAAAGACAAGUAGUAGCAGUAACUCAACUCAAUAUUCUUCAAGCAGCGGGGAAGAAUCCUAUUCAUAUUCAACAUCUUACAAUGUAUCUUCAAGCACUGAUUACUGGGAGGAAUAUUAUGUAAAUGAGGAUGGAGAAAUGGUUACUUUGAAUUUAGCUUCUUAAUCUUUAAAUAAUAAUGAUGCCCUAUAAUUGGAAAAUCAAGCUCAUGAGAAAUGGAUUAGCUAAGAUGCAAAAGAAACAGAUGAGUCUUUAGAAUCUUAAGAUAAUUAAGCUAAUCAAGGCAAAUUCAUUUAUAAAACAAAUUAGGUAUGGGAAAAAGAUGAUGAAUAAAUAUAUAAUUCAUAUAACUUACGUAGCAGGAAUAUUAAGAAUGCUGCAAAAAUGAAGAAUGUUAAUCAUAAUGGCAAUCAAAAAACAACUUAACAAAAGAAAUAAGUUGUUGGAACAAGUUUCAACUUCAGAACUAUACCACAAGAUAAAGUUGAAAAGCAAUAAUAAUUGAAAAAUUAACCAGAGUUUAUUGAUAAAAAGGAAAGUUCUGAUAAAAAAGAGAACAUUUCAAUGUUAAAGAAAAUAAUGAAUAUAUUUAGUCAUAAUUGA